UCGUGUAGGCGUGGCUAAUAAAAAAGGAAAAAGUUUGAACUUUAGUGUUCAAAUAUUGUUUGAAUAUACUUCMAAAUGCGUUCUCGUUUUAAAGUUGUUAUAUCUGCCUUUUUUUAAAACUUGUAUUUAGCUUGUUGAACAGUUAUGGAUAAGCAAAARUUCAAAGAACUUGUCAAAAAGGAGGGGCAAGAGAGCAGCGGUGCAGUUUGGUUCAGACAGGCGGAGGGGCUCCUACGACGCAGAGCUUUUUUGAGCUAGAAAAAAAAAACGACUUUUGUCAGGACGUACUUAGAGGCUGUAAGUGUUUACAUUUUUAAAAAGGGAAUGAUUUUUUUUCCAGCUGAACUUGUUUGCUCCAGAACCGGUUUUGAGGAAGCGUUAAAGCACGGCGGCGGCGGAUCCAGCAGCAGCAGCAGCGCCAAACUCACAAUGCGCCCUGAGUGAGAGAGACAAUACAGAUCCACGGGCACACCGAGGAGCUGCAAUCUCUCUGCGCUCUCUUUUCUUUCCCCCCUCUCUUUCUAGCCUUUUUCUUUCUAAAAGCCGGUUCCUAAGUGGCAUUCCUUUCAUUACAUCCUCGGCUGCUUUAACUGGGCAGUUUAGAGAAAACUGACUUCGCGGCGAGGGGAAAAAGAAGCGGUUUGGUCUCCCAAAAAAACUCAGCCAUGACGUCUCCGGCGAAAUUCCGAAAGGACAAGGAGAUCGUGGCCGAAUACGAAACUCAAGUUAAAGAGAUCCGUGCCCAGCUGGUGGAGCAGCUCAAGUGUCUGGACCAGCAGUGUGAGCUGAGGGUGCAGCUGCUUCAAGACCUGCAGGACUUUUUUAGAAAGAAGGCAGAAAUCGAGAUGGACUACAGCCGCAACCUGGAGAAGCUGGCUGAGAGGUUCCUCACAAAGACGCGCAGCACCAAGGACCACCUACUCAAGAAGGAGCAGACCAUCCUAUCUCCAGUGAACUGCUGGAACCUGCUGCUGCUUCAGGUGAAGAGGGAGAGCCGCGACCACGCAACCCUGUCCGACCUCUACCUCAACAACAUCAUCCCCCGGUUCGCACAGAUCAGCGAGGACUCGGGACGCCUCUUCAAGAAGAGCAAAGAGGUUGGAGUACAGUUGCAAGAGGACCUGUUAAAAGUUCUGACUGAACUUUACACAGUGAUGAAGACGUACCACAUGUACAACACUGACAGCAUCAACGCCGAGUCCAAGCUGAAGGAGGCGGAGAAGCAGGAGGAGAAGCAGAUGGGACGCAGUCGACAGGAAGAUCGCCAGACUCCGCGCUCCCCUGACACCCUGGCCAGCAUCAAGAGCGACGAGAAGGUCGUCCGACGCUCCAGCGUGAAGAAAAUCGAGAAGAUGAAGGAGAAGAGACAAGCUAAGUACACUGAGAACAAGCUGAAGGCCAUCAAGGCCAGGAACGAGUACCUGCUGGCACUGGAGGCCACCAACAGCUGCGUCUUCAAAUAUUACAUCCAUGACCUCUCGGACAUCAUUGAUUGCUGUGACCUGGGCUAUCACGCUAGUCUGCACCGCGCCCUGAGGACGUACCUGUCUGCAGAGCAGAAUGUGGAGACGUCCAAACACACGGGGCUGGAAACGCUGGAAGGAGCAGCCGACAGUCUGGAGCCCAACGGGGACAAACAGAAACUGAUGGAGACCUACAACAACGUCUUCUGUCCACCAGCUCGCUUUGACUUCCAGUCUCACAUGGGAGACACUAUGGGAGUGGUUUGUUCACAGCCGCCGCUGGAGGAAGACUUGCUCCARAGGUGUCAGCAGCUGCAGACCCGCCUCUCCACUCUAAAGAUUGAGAACGAAGAGGUGAAGAAAACCAUGGAGGCCACCCUGUCCACCAUUCAGGACAUGGUGACAGUGGAGGACUACGACGUCUCCGAGUGCUUCCAUCACAGCAACAGCAUGGAGUCAGUGAAGUCCAACUUCAGCGAGUCGUAUCUGAGCAAACCCAGCCUGGCCAAGCGACGGGCCAAUCAGCAGGAGACGGAGCAGUUUUACUUCACAGUCAGUGACGUCUUUGGGCAUCAUUUUUCACAAACAUUAACCGAGCAAAACCUCGAAUUGACAGAGAUACACGCUUUGCUUUUUCCUAAAUGAAUCAAAUUCAGAGUCAGUCAGAAAACUGACUGUUGCCUUGCCAGUGGAAGGAGAAACUCCACCGUACGGAAGCAGGACUCAGGUGAAGCCAUUCCACUGAUGGUGGAGAGCUGCAUCCGUUUCAUCAGUCACCAUGGUCUGCGGCAUGAGGGCAUCUUCAGAGUGUCUGGCUCUCAGGUGGAGGUCAAUGACAUCAAGAAUGCCUUUGAGAGAGGCGAGGACCCGCUGGCAGGGGACCAGAACGACCACGACAUCGACUCCAUAGCUGGUGUGCUGAAGCUCUACUUCAGAGGCCUGGAGCACGCCCUCUUCCCUAAAGAAGUCUUCCAUGACCUCAUAUCCUGUGUUUCCAUGGAGAGCCUGCAGGAGCGGGCGGUUCACAUCAAGAAAGUUCUUCAAGGCCUGCCGAGUAAAACCCUCAUCCUUAUGAGAUACCUGUUUGCCUUCCUCAGCCACUUGUCUCAGUACAGCGAGGARAACAUGAUGGACCCCUACAACUUGGCCAUCUGUUUCGGCCCCACCCUGAUGUCUGUCCCCGAAGGCCACGACCAGGUCUCCUGCCAGGCUCACGUCAACGAACUCAUCAAGACCAUCAUCAUCCACCACAACACCAUCUUUCCAGGGCCGCAGGACCUGCAGGGCCCCAUCUACAGCAUCCCCGGAGCCGGAGAUGACUUCUGUGACAGCCCACACUGUGAGCCCCCCCACGUGGAAGAGCCGGCACCCGAUGCCAUCUCUGUCGGCCACAACAGCGAAGAUGGCACCUUGGCUGUUUCAGAGUCGGAACCGGUCGAAGCCAUCGCUCGCUUCGACUACACGGGCCGCACCGGUCGGGAGCUGUCGUUCAAAAAGGGGGCGUCUCUGCUUCUAUACCAGCGGGCCUCCGACGACUGGUGGGAGGGACGGCACAACGGAGUGGACGGACUGGUGCCGCACCAGUACAUUAUUGUUCAAGACGCACCCGACGCGGAACGGGGAAGUCCAAAGCCUGACGUGGACAACAGAGACCUGUUGGAGGAGAGAGUGUCCACUAGAGGCAGCGCUGCCUCCCCUACAGGACCACAUGUGGCUGACAUCUACCUGGCCAACGUCAACAAGAUGAGAAAACGACCCGAACCCGGGAACGUCCGCAGACCGUUCCGCUCAGAAAGCGACAGCACGAGUCCGGUGGCCGGCAGCACUGGGGGAGGAGGUGUGAGAGCAGCUUCUCUUCCUGGUGGGGCUCUGAUAAAGGACACGGGAGACAAGCGUCCCGUCAGCGCGCACAACAUCCUCAACUCAGUCACUCGUCACUCUUCGCUCAAAACCAAGGUGGAGAGUCCACAGUUAAGGAAGACRACUCCUGCAGGACGCUCCAAGAGCUUCAGCAACCACAGACCACUGGACCCUGAGGUSAUAGCCCAGGUGGAGUCCAGCUCACAGGACAUGCAGGACUCGGCUCUGAGUGACCUCAAGAAGUUUGAGAGACAAAGCUCCUCCAAACACACCCCCGACGUGGUCCUGGACACGCUGGAGCAGCUGAAAGGCAUGAGCGGAGGAGGUGGAGGAGGAGGUGCCUCGGAGCCCUCCAGCCCCCUGCACUCCCGCCUGCUGCGGGACAGYGAGGGGGUGUCCUCGCACCUGCACCCCCUCCAGCGCAGCGCCUCCUCAGCCAGCGACGUGCCGUCCUCCUUCCGCCCUGCUAAGAGCCAGCUGCGGAGCCCGCUGCCCUCCGCCACGUCCCCSUCCCUGUCCUCCUCGUCUCUCUCCUCGUCCGUACCUUCCUUCAGGGAGCAGCGGCCCCCAGCCACGAGACCCAAGCCCGUGGUGUUCCCCAAGAGCGGGGGAGGCACCGGGAGCCCCGCCAUGGGCUCCCCGACCUCCAACGUGCCGCCCACGCCGCCUCCUCCCCUGACACCCCACUCACACUCGCUCCCUCACGCUCCUCCUCCUCCACCUCCAUCCCAGUCCAACGACAAGUCCUGCCCGGCUUAAGUCCCAGACACCAGAAUAUACGAAGUGUUUACUUUAAUAAACUCCUACAUUCUCACGUCUCUUCUAACAAGUGCUAAAAGCACUUACUUCACAUAGGACCCAAAACUCACAUGUAGCGUUUACUUCCUGGUGUGCAAAACAAAUUCAGCAACAAGUCUGCCCUCGUGUGGCAGCUUUGCUUUACUACAACUCAGCCAUCAAAAAGCAAAAAAGGCUUUUUUUUUGUUUUGUUUUUUUGCUUUUUGCCACCACAGAGAUUCCUUAUGUGAACUUAGGAUUUAGGGAGGUUUAAAGAUCAACGCCGCCCUCCUAACACUAGUUUUGGAGGUUUGAAAUAGUGUUUGAGUGGAGGUGUAAAAGUGUUACUUGUCUUUACACAGAUUUACACAAGGGAAAAAAAAAGAAGCACUGUUUGAUAGAUUUUUUUUUUAGUUUUGUAUAAUAGACAUAACAGGUUUUCCUUUUUUUUCCUUCUUUCUAAUAAACCAGUGACUAGCAGAUUGAAUGGAAGAUUUCUGAGAACAGACUGUGAACUAUUAAGCUCUCGUUUUGUAGAAACGAAACACACUGACUUGCUGUUUUAGAGCUGGUAGAUGGGAGCGAGGAGUGGAUCUUUGGUGUGAUAAAAGAAUGGAAAACUGGGCCAAAUAUCAGUGUAAGUCRUGAUCAAGAGCUUUACUUCUUCUGUGUUUCAUAUGAUUGUUUUCUUAUUGUUCUUAUUUUUUAUUCUUGCUGUUCAGUGCCACAGUGGGAGCAUAACGACACUUAAAAAGACCAACUGUAAUUCGAAUUUAAAGAUAGCAAUAAAAGCUGCUUUUUAAUGCAACCGUGCUACACGUGUAGAGGACCACUGAAACCCAGCAUUUUUAUAUGUCUUUAUAGACUGCACACACACACAUACACACAUUCUCUCCUAACGUGUGUGUGUGAGUGGUGGUGUUUUUGAGGCAGCUAAACGCCUUUCAGGUUUUCCUUGCAUGCUGGGACCGUACACAGCAACCACAGGCUGGUUAAAAACAACUUCAAACCCAACUGUAGCUCCGUUUAACUAUAUACUGCAUAACUAACAUUAAAAGAAAGGUUAAUUACUCUAACUCUGUAUGURUAUUUAAUAAUCAUGAUAACUGGAAGCAUGCGACUGAGGAUCCUUUUGAGCGUGUGUGUGGAUAAAAGCACAACCAACCACCUCAUCUUAUGGUCGAAGUUCUGUUUUGUUUUUUGUUUUUUAUCAUCAGUUGACGCCAAGAAUCGACACAAAAUCAGAUCAAAUGUGGACUGUUACGUCUGUCUGUGUUCAAGUGUGUGUGUGUGUGUGUGUGUGUGUGUGUACAGAUAAAGAAUAUGCACCUUCCUGAGCCCUGCCUGCAUGGCAUAAAUAGAUGCAAACUUAAAGGGAUAGUUCAAAUCUUUUUUUUAAAAGUGGAAGUUCUACAGAAACUAAUGGAGCUGCUGUGACUCUUUAAAUCUAGUCUGAGCGUCACCAGAACCAAAGUGGAGUGUUGCUACGUCAGAACCCUGUUUCAGGAGAUUGAAACUACCGUUUUAAGGCAAGUGUUAGAAGAUGCACAGGAAAGCAUUCUGCAGCUUGUACACACUGGGCUCAUGUGAUUUAAUAUAUGAAAUGUUGUCUUUGGUCAAUGUUGUCUCAACACUAGUAGAACAACUUUUUAUUAUUAUUAUUAUUAUUAUUAUUGGAAAGACAAUGAGAAAACCAAAACUUCUGGUCUUUUCUGUCUGAUGCGGUUUACUAUUUUUCAAAGUGCAGUACGUGGAGGGGGCACUUAAAAGCACAGAGCAUAAAACUUCAUUGUUGUACUUUAUUGUCUUGGGGGGCAUGGACAUGUUUUUUCCCAUUGUAUCUUCACGUCUUUGCCCCCUUUUUCCCUGAACAUUUCCUUAAAGCCACAGCACAGUCUGCAUUCCUGUAAUAAACUGUUCAUUGACAACUUUUCUUGAAAUCUUUGUAUACUUUUUUGGUGUAUUUUAUGUUGGGUUUUCUUUCUAUUUUUUUCUUUUUUACCUCAAUGUGACAACUGGAGGGACUGUGUGUGCUUGUGUGAAACAGAAACAUGAAUUUACCUUGUCAACACUUUCUCACACACACACACAGGAAUAUGGGUGGUUGGUGUGUUUGUCUUCAUUGCAGGACCCUCCUUUAUCUCAACUCAAUCAUUGUGCACUUGAACAACUUGGCCUGCAUGUGGACUUAACUAACUGUGUGGGAAUAAUUAUGUUAAAGAGCUGAAUAUUGUUAAAUAUGCAUUUUGUGUCCAUUUGGAAAAGACAGAACUAAAAAAAACAAAAGACUGUAAUGUCAAAUCUAUUUAUAGUUGUCUCUGUAUUACUGGAGAAUCCUGUGUUCAGAUGUACUUUGUAUAUACAAUGUUGUACAUUACAGAGGUACAUUUUUUUGGUACAAUAACUGUACAGUAAUAGCAAUAGUAGUUUAAUCAAAUAGGCCUUAUAUAAUUCUGUGUAGUUCUUGUAGUAGAUCUGUUUUUUUUAAUAAACAUGGCUUGCUAUACAAAAAAA